GAAGAGAAACUCACACAGUCACUGACACUGAGAGGAGAAAUGGCGCAGAAAGGAGUUCAGCUGGACCGAGAAACCUUCUCUUGUUCCAUCUGUUUGGAUCUACUGAAGGAUCCUGUGACUAUUUGACCUGACAUGACAGAUCUGCCAGCUCGGGGAUUGGUGUAAUCACUAUACUUUAAAGUGCAGAGUGCAAAAGUUCAACUGCAGCAACUCUGCAUGUGAAAGUGAAAGAAAAGUAACUUGAGUUUGAUACAACUGUGACGCUUUUGUUUGCUGUGGAGGAAACUUUUCAGUCAUUCACUGCUGCUGAGAGGAGAAAUGGCUCAGAGAGGAAAUCAGAUGAAUUCAGAGAAAUUCUCUUGUUCCAUCUGUUUGGAUCUACUGAAGGAUCCAGUGACUAUUCCCUGUGGACACAGCUACUGCAUGAACUGUAUUAAAUGUUUCUGGGAUGAAGAGGAGGAGAAGAAGAAAAUCCACAGCUGCCCUCAGUGCAGGAAGACUUUCACACCAAGGCCUGUCCUGGAGAAAAACAUCCUGUUAGCAGAGUUAGUGGAGGAGCUGAAGAAGACUGGAGUCCAAGCUGCUCCAGCUGAUCACUGCUAUGCUGGACCUGAAGAUGUGGCCUGUGAUGUCUGCACUGGGAGGAAGCUGAAAGCCAUUAAGUCCUGUUUAGUCUGUCUGGCCUCUUAUUGUGAGAAACAUCUUCAGCCUCAUUUUGAUGCAGCUCCAUUAAAGAAACACAAGCUGGUGGCCCCCUCCAAGAAGCUCCAGGAGAACAUCUGCUCUCGUCAUGAUGAGGUGAUGAAGAUUUUCUGUCGUACUGAUCAGCAGAGUAUCUGUUAUCUCUGCUCAAUGGAUGAACAUAAAGGCCAUGAAACAGUCCCAGCUGCAGCAGAAAGGACUGAGAAGCAGAAGGAGCUCGAGGUGAGACGACUAAACAUCCAGCAGAGAAUCCAGGACCGAGAGAAAGAUGUGAAGCUGCUUCAACAGGAGGUGGAGGCCAUCAAUGGCUCCGCUGAUAAAGCAGUGGAGGACAGUGAGAAGAUGUUGACUGAGCUGAUCCGUCUGAUCCAGAAAAGAAGCUCUGAUGUGAAGCAGCAGGUCAGAUCCCAGCAGGAAACUGAAGUGAGUCGAGUCAAAGAGCUUCAGGAGAAGCUGGAGCAGGAGAUCGCUGAGCUGAAGAGGAAAGACGCCGAGCUGGAGCAGCUCUCACACACAGAGGAUCACAACCAGUUUCUACACAACUACCCCUCACUGUCAGCACUCAGUGAGUCUACACACUCAUCCAGCAUCAAUAUUGGUCCUCUGAGGUACUUUGAGGAUGUGACAGCAGCUGUGUCAGAGACCAGAGAUAAACUACAGGACAUCCUGAGAGAGGAAUGGACAAACAUCUCACUGACAGUCACUGAAGAGGAUGUUUUACUGUCACCAUCAGAGCCAAAGACCAGAGCUGGAUUCUUAAAAUAUUCACAUGAAAUCACACUGGAUCCAAACACAGCAUACAGAUAUCUGUUAUUAUCUGAGGGGAACAGAAAAGUAACAUUAAUGAAACAACAACAGUCUUAUUCUCAUCAUUCAGACAGAUUCACUGUAUGGUGUCAGGUCCUGAGUAGAGAGAGUCUGACUGGACGUUGUUACUGGGAGGUGGAGUGGAGAGGGAGAAAAGUUUAUGUAGCAGUUACAUACAAGAAUAUCAGCAGAGCAGGGAGCUCAUAUGAAUGUUUUUUUGGAUGGAAUGAUAAAUCUUGGGCAUUAUAUUGUGACACAAACAGUUAUAAAUUUCAGCACAACAAUGUCCACACUGUCCUCUCAGGUCCUCGGUCCUCCAGAGUAGGAGUGUACCUGGAUCACAGAGCAGGUAUUCUGUCUUUCUACAGCGUCUCUGAAACCAUGACUCUCCUCCACAGAGUCCAGACCACAUUCACUCAGCCGCUCUAUGCUGGACUUUAUCUUUGGGGAGAUGGAGACACUGCAGAGUUGAUUAAAGUCAGAUAGACAGAGAAGAUAGGUUCAUGUUGAUCCUGACCAUUAUAUGUACUUGUGUAGUUUCUAAAUGAGGCUUUACAUUUUAGAAGCUGAGAAGUUCAGUGGUCCAUUGAUGUCUGAAAAUAAUAUUGCACUGAUUCAAACUGUACUUACAUUUAUAUACCUUACAUCAAUAUAAAUCUGGAUCUGUUCUUAUGGCUGAUAAUCAUGUGAGUUUAAAUUAUACUACUCUUCAUAUUCAGCAUGUUUUCAGUCUUGAAUCAGUCUGGUUAGUGGUUUUAUUCUGUAGUUGCUGUAGUGGGUUGUCAAAUGCAAAGAAUCCAUUGGAGCUGCAGUGAUUCAUCAGUUAGUCAAUGAUUAGAGAACUGAUUGUUUUAUCAUUAUUUUAAUCAUAUUUAAAACUGCUUCCAGUUUCUGAAAUGUGAAGAUUGUUGAUUUUCUUGAUCAUAUAUGAAAGUAAACUUGAUGUCUUUGAGGUUUGAACUUUGAAAAUGGAACAAAAAUUUGAAUCUUUGAGCUGUUUGAGAUUAUAAUGAACAUUUUAACUAUGAUCUGAUGCUUAUACUAAAAAUCAAUGAUUGAUCUAGAGUGAUGUUAUUUAAUGUCAUUUUUCAGAUGAAAAGUUUUAUCAUCUUUGAUCAUUUAUACAUUUAAAUCUAAAAACUAAAUGAUACAGUAUAUUAUGGAGGAGAGACAUGUUUAUUUGCCCUGAGCUGUGUCUGGCAGGCAGAGCGUCUCCAAACUCCACCAAUCUAAUGGUUCUGUUUUGGCUUAUCUGCUGGAUGUUUCUGGAAGUUUAAUGUCCUUUAAACAGUUUCAUCUGUUUCUGUUCAGCAGCCGCUCAUUCAGUCAGAGUGGGUGGAGUUUGAACAGUUUCUUCACCUGCUGUAAACGACUCAUGUCUGAUCUGCUUCAGUUAAACUAAAUGUUAAAAAGAAAUAAAGUAAAAACUGUAAGAAU